AUGUUCUCCCCAAUGCCAUUUUCUCUCGUCUGCACCGUUCUUCUCUGUUUGCCUCUCACCAUAAUCUUCACUAUCACAAGACCAACCGCCACCACAACCACCAUCAUCCCUACCCAAAUCUCCCAAUCCCAAAAACUCACCAAAACCUACCAAAAAAUCAACCUAAUUUCACUGCCAAAAUCCCUCCCAUUAGAUGACGACUCGCUUUUCCUCCUCGCCGCCCGUGUCAAUUCCCACCCGCCUCGCUCCGAUCGCCCCAAAAUUGCCUUCCUCUUCCUAACCAUCACCAUUCUCCCCUUCUCCCAUAUAUGGGAACGCUUCUUCAACCAAACCCCAAAAACCUAUUUCUCUAUGUACGUCCACGCCAACUCGAGAUUCACGUUUUUCUGCGUCUUCGCCCGCCGGGUCAUUCCCUCCCGACCCGCCCAGCAAUUCACCUCCACUCUCAUCUCAGCGACCUGUCGUUUGCUUGCCUACGAGCUCCUUAAUGACCCCAAGAACGCCAUGUUCGCGCGUCUCUCUCCUUCCUGCAUCCUCAUCUGGUCCUUCAACUUCACGUACCAAACCCUCGCCCGAUCGAAAAAGAGCUUCAUCGAGAUUCUGGACAACGAGAUCGAGGUGUAUGACAAGUAGGCGGAGCGUGGGGAGGACGCGAUGCUGCCGCAUGUGAAGCUGGAGGAGUUUCGGAUCUGGUCCCAAUUCUGGAUCCUGAAGGGGAAGCACGUGAUAGUUGUGGGUGACCACCGGCUCUGGUGCAAGUUCAAGCUACCGUGCCGGCGUUGGGACACGUGUUACCGGGAGAAAAAUUGCUUUCCUACCCUCCUAAACAUGAGAGACCCAGGCAGGUGCGUGCCCGUUACCCUCACACACGUGGACUGGAACGGGAGUUUCGAUGGCCACCCCUGAACGUAUGAGGCCUCCGAGGUGGGGCCCGAUUUGAUCACCGCCCUGAGAAAUGACAGCGCGAAGUACGGUGUUGAGAAGGAGAGCGGCAACGGCUCUGAUUGGUCCGUGAUAGAAAGGCGAGAUACAUUUAUGUUCGCGAGGAAGUUCACACCGGAUGCUAUUGGACCGUUGAUGAUUAUGGCCAAUGAUGUCAUCUUCAAGGAUUAA